AAGAUGAGUGGCGAAGAGAUUCUUGUGUGUGCAGUACAACUUGGAGAAAAUUUCUGCCUCUAUUUUGCAGAUGAUGAUGGGCUGGAAUGUGAUGCCUUUUGUAAGGAAAAAACUCUCCACCGAGUCCUUCGAAAUGUAAAUAGCCAGUUGCUUGUAGUUCGACCCGAUUUAAACAUGGCAGCUUUUGAAAACGUGACAGAUCAUGAGAUGAAAUCUGGGAACGGAAUGCACUUCAACAUUCACUAUUAUAAAACUACCACACCCUCAGCAGGGAUGCCUGUUGCAUUCAGUGUCCAGGUAGAAGAUAAAAGUUAUUACAUGUGUUGUGAGAAAGAACGUGGAAAAACGAUAGUUCGAUUUAGGGAAGGAGAAGUUCCUAAAGAAAUUCCUGGUGAAAGUAACGUCAUCUUUUUCAAAAAGACAUUUACAUCUUGUAGCGCCAAAGCAUUUAAGUUUGAAUACUCACUAGAACAAGGAAUGUUUUUGGCCUUUGAGGAAGAAGGCAGCUUAAGAAAAUUAAUUCUAAAGAAACUGUCAAGAGAAGACGAAGUGGAUGAAACCAUGAAGAUAAGUUUCUAAUUUAUGUCAGAAUGAAAGUCACAACUUCAACGGUCUUAAAAUA